GCAGGGUCAAGAACUUUAGCUCCUGUUCUGCCAUUGUGUCCAAGCCUGGGGAUCGCAGCUGUGUCAGUGCCACGGCCCAUCAUGGGGGCAGUCCUGGGGGGCUAGGCUACAGGCGCCUGGGAGGCUUUGGCAGUCAGAUCCUGUGUACGGUGUGGUCUCCCCGGAUCACGGUGAGUUGUGGAUGGCUCCUACACAGCAGAGGCAGGUUUGGCUACGGGCAGGGGGCCUUUGUAAGCUCAGACCGCCUUGCAUCACAUCUGUCACCAUCAACGAAAGCCUCCUCAUACUCCUCAACCUAGAGAUCGACCCCAAUGCCCAGUGUGUGAAGAAUGAGGAGAAGGAGCAGAUCAAGUGUCUCAACAACAAGUUUGCUGCCUUCAUUGACAAGGUGCACUUCCUGGAGCAGCAGAACAAACUGCUGGAGACCAAGCUGCAGUUCUACCAGAACCGCGAGUGCUGCGAGAGCAACCUGGAGCCCCUGUUCCAGGGCUACAUUGCGACUCUGCGGCGGGAGGCCGAGUGCAUGGAGGCUGACAGCGGCAGGCUGGCCUCAGAGCUCAACUGCACGCAGGAGGUUCUGCAGGGCUGCAAGAAGAAGUAUGAAGAAGAGCUGGUCCUGAGGGCCACAGCUGGGAACGAGUUCAUGAUGCUGAAGAAGGAUGUAGACUGCGCCUAUCUGCACAAGGCGGACCUGGAGGCCAACGUGGAGCCGCUGAGGGAGGAGCCAGUCUUCCUGCAGUCCCUCUACGAGGAGGAAAUCCACCUCCCUCAAUCACAAAUCUCUGACACUUCUGUAGUGGUGAAGAUGGACAACAGCCAGGAGCUCAACAUGGACUUGGUUGUGGCCAAGAUCAAGGCUCAGUAUGAUGAUAUUGCCAGUCGCAGCUGGGCGGAGGCCGAGACCUGGUACCAAACCAAGUGCGAGGAGGUGAAGGCCACAGUCACCCAGCAGGGUGAGAACCUCCGCAGAUCAAAGGAUGAGCUCAAUGAGCUGAACUGCAUGAUCCAGAGGCUGACGGCAGAGGUGGAGAACGCCAAGCAGCAGCGCUGCAAGCUGGAGGCCGCGGUGGCCCAGUCUGAGCAGCAGGGUGAGGCAGCCCUCAGCAAUGCCCUCUGCAAGCUGGCUGAGCUGGAGGGCGCCCUGCAGAAGGCCAAGUAGGACAUGGCCUGCCUGCUCAAGGAGUACCAGGAGGUGAUGAACUCCAAGCUGGGCCUGGACGUGGAGAUAGCCACUUAUCGCAAACUCCUGGAGGGUGAAGAGCACAGGCUGUGUGAAGGCGUGGGCUCAGUCAAUAUCUGUGUGAGCCGUUCCCAGGGUGGUGUGGUCUGUGGGGACCUGGACUCCGCUGCCUCCCUUGGCUCAGAGGGUGUGGCCAUCAGCAGUGGUGCACUGUGUUUCCCCUCUGUGGUGGGGGCCUGCUCCAGUGCCCAAUCUGUGCGGUUUGCGUAGAGGGCGUGGGACUGUGGACUGACAUGUUCUGAUGGGGGCAGUGUCGGUUGGGGAGUGGAAAUCUUUUCUCCUGCAUGCCCAAAUGUCAGUUCAGUAAUUUCUCCUUACAGAGAACCCAGAACUAACUCUCCUGUUUCCUUCUUAUUGGAGUUAGCGAUUUACUUUUUGGGUGUAAACCCUGGGUUUGACGUUAUUUUCACUUCCAUUUCUUCUCCCCCUCCCUGUGGUCCAGGAAAGAAAUAGAAAGGUUUUUUUUGAUAUAAAUUGUUCAGUCAUUGUCUUCCCCAAUUAACUUCGGCUAACAGAUGUUUGUUAAGUCCUCAGUGUGCCAGAUCCUCUUGGAAAGAAGCCAGUUAGAGUGUGUGGAAACAUUUCUGUGCUUUGCCCUUGGAUGAGAGGGUCUCCAGAUGCUGCCUCAGCAUGGAAGGACAGUGGGAGUGUGGAGCUGGGCUCCUCACUUGCUCUGAGAGAUUGUAUAUUCCCAGAGUCCCCCAACUAUUCAUGUGUCCAGAUUGAAAGACUGACGGAGGCUAAUCAGCUGGGUUUAUACUGUUGGUUGCCUGGAAGUUCAUUGUAUUUGCAUGAUUCCUGUAUGGCUCCUUCUUUCUUUUGGUGUGC